AUGUCCUCCGUCGCCGCCUCUGCCGUUCCCCUACAGAAGCCUACCUAUUCUCGGUUUACUACGGCUCCGGCUAUAGACACUAGUCAUCCUCAACCAUCGCGCACUUCCUCGCCACACUCGUCCGCUUGCUCCUCACCCAACGGAUCCAGAUCUAGCAGUCGUCGUCGUCCGUCGUUUGGUUCGAUCAAGGAGGACGUCGACGGCAUUGCUCAAUCGUUCGUUGAUACACACAUCACCCAGUCUCCCACAGACCAGACCAAACAGACAUCGCCCUUAGCGAUUGAUAUGCAACACACACCGGAUUUCUGUUGUCCUUGCGGUGGUUUUCUUGGUUGGAAACAGAUUCGAAUCGGAGGAAAGAGUCUCAGCCGGAGCUAUGGCGAUCUUCGCGCGUUGGGGGCUAUGCACACUCGGGGUUGGGCGUGGGAGAACAAUGCGGUGGUGAAUAAUCCUCCCACGAAGACGGUCCAAUCCAAGUCUCAGAAACCCCCUCCAGGCUCCUCGCGGCUAGAGAAACUGCCACCGGAAGUUCUCGACCAGAUCAUUUCCAACCUGGCUUUGGAUAUCCCUCCUAAUGGCUAUACACCACGGAAUGUCGACCUGGUGUCGUGUCUCCUGACCUCGCGUACGUUGCACGCUGCCACACUUGGUGUGUUGUACCGAAACAUGACCUUCCCGCAUUCCAUCAUCUUCUCCAAGGCUCUCAACCACAUGUCGCAGUAUCCCGCGCUCGGAACGCUCGUGCGUCGUCUGGACUUUUCCCAUUUCACCUCCGUAGGACUCGGGCGCACCAAGCAGAUGAAUGCAGAAAUCCAGAAUCUCACCUCCACCACGCUGUUGAAAUGUUUGGAUCUUCUGCCAAACCUUAAGGAAUGUCUGCUGCAGGAGCAUGUGGAAGGUGAUAUCAGCGUGGACAUCGUGCGGAAGAUAUUCACCGGCCUGCCCAACCUACAUGGCGUUGACUUUUGCGGCUGCGCUACCCAGUCAUUCUCGGCGGUUUUCCACCAAGCUUUGACCACAGAACCGGGCCUGCCUCUGACUCUACCGAAUCUCAAACGGGUGUCCCUACACGAGUGUAGCAGUCUGCCUCCGUCUACUUUUGAGGUUCUUCUUCCUCGUCUGAUCAAUUUGACGCAUCUCGAUGUCACGCACACGCAGAUCAGCGAGGCGGCGCUCUUCUCCAUUCCCGAGACCGCCCAGAUUACACAUCUCAGCCUUUCGCGGUGCACUCGGCUGAAGGGUCCGAGGGUGGUCGAGUUUCUGACCACGCAUCCAGCUGUGUGCAAUACACUGGUGUACCUUAACCUCCUGGCCGACCCCACUCGCUAUCGGAUUCUCGAGGAGGACGAUGUCUCUGCUCUUCUUCCUCGGUUGCCCAAAACCCUCCGCUCGCUGAACCUGGGGGGCGCCAAGAUCACCUCUGCUCAUGCGCCUGCCCUAGUACCUUUGACCAAGCAUCUCGAGGAGCUCGGCUUGAGCUCGGCGGAUUUGUCCUGCAAAGAUCUCAAUAUGUUCUUCGCGCCGCCUCUCGUGUCGGACCAUACGGGCUCAGCCGAGGGGCCGGAACCGUGGGUGCCGUCCUCGUUGUGCUACUUGGAUCUCAACAAGGUCCCGCAGUUGUCGAUUGGCACUAUCUUCAAUACCAAUACUUGCUUGCUCCUUUCGCAGCAGAGUUAUCCUCUGCAAGUCAUUGAAUUCAGUGACAAGAUCAUUGCUCCGCUGAGGGAGAGAGUCAAGAAUAACCGUGCCUCCAGCGGCUGGACCGUCCGGGAGCUCGGCAGACGCGGCUGGUACGUGCGUGACCCUGCAUCUAUGCCAAACCAAGUCCCCGACGACGGCUCUCGUCCCUGGAAAAUGGGCGCCCGUUGGUGGGGGAUGAGGAAGAUCCCCGUUGCAGUUGGAGACGUUGGAGGCAUCUAUGGCCAUUACAUGUUCAAGAAAUAA